UUAUUUUGAAAUGCUGAACAAGUCCGGAUAUGGAUAAGGAAAAUUCGUUUUUUCACAUUCCAUUGCGGAAUUUGUAACUAGUUGAAUAAUCUCUGAAAAUAUCAAACGUUUUUUUCAUACAUUUGUUUUAGACUUGAGACGUGAGAAUGUCCAUAGAUUGGAUUGGUUACAGCUAUGCUGCCUUGGUCUCAAUAGGAGGAAUCAUAGGUUUUGUCAAAGCAGGAAGUGUAACUUCCCUGGUUGCAGGGCUUUUCUUUGGGGCUCUGGCUGGCAUUGGUGCCUAUCUGACGUCACGCAGUCCUAAGAAUGUCUGGCUUUCCCUGGGUACCUCAGGAACGUUGGCGCUUGUCAUGGGAAUGAGGUUUCUAAACUCCUGGAAGUUCAUGCCCGCAGGACUGAUGACUGUUGCCAGUUUACUGAUGCUGGGAAAGACUGCUGCGGGAACGUUCAAGAAUCCACAUAACUCAUGAGUGUGUUUCACAGUUUCGUAUUGACUGGGGAUUAUAUGGCGUUACACAAUAAUAUAUCUGAAUAUACAUUAUCAUCAUUGUAGAGACAUUUAUGUUAGGAAACUCUGUUGGGGGGGGAGGGUGUAGGUAUAGAAAUAGUGUUACUUUUGUUUGUCGGAAUUAUUGUCAUUGUCAAUAAAAAAGAAAUAAUGUUCUUGCUUUGAUUUGCACAAUGAUUUGCACAUUGAUUUGCACAAUGAUUUGCACAUUGAUUUGCACAUUGAUUUGCACAAUGAUUUGCACAUUGAUUUGCACAUUGAUUUGCACAUGCAACGGAGUGCACACUAGUGACACCUGCCGGUAAAAAUACUUUUUUGCACACCCAAAACAUUUGCACAUGCACCCUGAUGUGGUGCAUUACUGUUUCAACUAACAUUUUUCCCAUGUCAUCACUUAAUAAUAUUAGCAAAAUAUGUUUAAAAUAAUGUUGUAGUUACCACUGGGCUAGGUGUGUUCUAACUAUUUAUUAAGAAAAUAAAUUAUACAACGUAUUCAGUUGGGGAAUAAGUGUUUAUUUAUCUGGGGACUGAGAUUUCUCCUGUAACUUCCCAACAACCAACUAUGACAACUGACGACAACCCACAAAAUAGAGUUUUGCUUCUAUAAAUCUAUGACCGAAUCUCAAAGAAAACCUCUCUAGUGGUUCCACAAUGAACAAUGUCUCAUCCAUCAUGUGCUUCUCUUUAAAAUAAACUGGCUUUACUUCUCAACACAGUCCUUCAAGCCUUGUAUCAAGCGUAACAUCACAUGAGGCAGUUAGUUCAAAAGUGGUAAAAUAUGUGGUGUCUAAAUUGCAGGAGCAUGUAGAUGCAGAUUAGACUUUAUUGUCCCCCUGAGGGAAAUUUGUUUUCACAGCACUGUACAUUACAAUCAACAUUAUACCCAACACAUAU